AUGGAACAAACUCUUCCCACAACAACAGCAACAACAGGUAAAUCACACAACGAAUUAUCAAGCCUCACCACUGCAACCACAGAUGUAGAGCUCGACGACCCAACCUCCAUCCCAACUCUUUAUCAAUUCCAUACUGACAGAGAUUCAAUUUCAACCUCAGUGACUCUCUUUACCAAUCAUAGAGCAAGUGUAGAAAGAACCUUUAACGUGAAACCAGGCAUAGCAGAAGCAACUUCUGUUCAAGUCACAUUGACAAAACUCUCCCAACAUGUGGACACAUCAAGCUUUUCUGUGAGUGCUGUGAUUCAAGAUGAGAAUUCCAAAGACCACACCACCAUCACCCAACUCUUUCUUAAAGAAACACAAUUCGAACAAGAGGUACCAAUUUCAAAUAGCAAAGAAAAAGCUGAAAAGGAAGCAUUAGAGGAAGACUUGAAGCCAAUAGAAUUGAAAUUGCAAGACAUGGAGCAAUUGAAGAAUGGAAUUUUACGGGAGUCUUUGUCAUCCAAGUUUGACACAAAAGAAUUUACAGAGAAAAUGCAAGCGUUGAAGGAAUUGGAGGAAAUUAUCUCACAGCUCUCGAAACAAAAGAGAGAUAUUUCGAAAAAGAUAGAACAAUUGAAUAGCAAGCCAACCCCGUGGAGCUUUCUCCCAUACAAUUUCACAUUUUCUGCCACACUUCCAAAGCAUUCAGUACAUUUGAUUGUGAAAUACAUUGUCACCAAUGAGACGUCAUUCAAUACGUAUCCUCUUUUGACUUGGAUUCCAUACUACUCUCUUCAUAUUGACAGCAAGAAACAAACAGGUCGUCUUGUUUUCAUGGCAGACCUUCAACAGUACAGUGGUGAAAAUUGGACCAAUGCACAAAUAACAUUAAGCACAGAUACCUUGACACUAGCACCUUCAUUACCUCAAGUUCAAGAACUCACAUUGGCUGAUAUGGGUGUUUAUCUUGAUGGAAACAGUAAUCGAGGAAGUUGGCUGAAUGAUCUCACGUUAAAGAAUACCAUGACGGUUCGUUCUGCCGUAAAUAUGAACUAUGCCCCUCAAUCUGAAUCCUUUGGUCAGAGUCAAAACAGCGAUGACCAAUUUCAAUCACCGGCACAAGUUAAAAACAAUCCUCUACUGUCCACCUCUAUCAUGUAUGUGAUAGCAGGACGAUUAACCUUACCAAGCGCUCAACCGUCCAUGUUCACUCCUAAGGCAAGGGUAAACAACAAUGUGAUCAAGAAGGUACUCAUCGGGCAAGUCAUGCUUGAAACACAAUGGUUCCACAAAGUGAUUCCAAAACAAACGACCAAAGUUUACACCAAUAUGAGCAUCAAGAACAAGUCCAAAUUACAACUUGUACCUGGUGCUAUUGAUAUUUUCGUAGACAACAUGCUGACCUCGCAAACUACUAUCGAUAAGAAUAUUUUACCAAAACAAACAUUCAAUUUGGAUACUGGAAUUGAUAAAAUGGUUUCUGUGACCGUUUUAGAGAAGAGCUCUAACGAAGAUUAUUCCGGCUGGUUCCAAAAAACGAAAAUGGUCAAGAAUUUAUUCAAAGUAUUAAUUGACAAUAAGAAAGACGUUCCUAUCAACAUUACUGUGAUGGAUGCCUUACCAAAAAUCACAAAUUGGCACAAGGACAAGAGCUUGAAAAUUCUCCUUACACAACCAAAGCUCGAUGGAAAGCCAGAGAGCGAUUUAUCUGAAUGGUUCACGACAUCGAAUACCAAGUCCGUAAAUACGGUUGAGCCGCUCUAUCUCACAUUUAAAGAUAAUGACAACAACAUUCUUGUGAAAAUUAAGAAGCUGAAUUAUGUAAUGGAACGAGAAUUCACUUUGAAACCCCAUGAACGAAAAAUUCUCUCAUUGGAAUUUGUUGUUUCUUACACUGAACGUUGUGAAACUUGGCGCGCGUCAAGAAGUUUUCGUGUUUUAAAAAAUAACGCAUUGAGUAAUAGUAGUUAUCAACACACUAGUACAACAACCACAACAACAAUGCCUCUCCUUCUUAUGGGACCACUUCGUGAGUUCUGCCAACUCAUCAUGGCAGAGCCAGCCAAACUUUUGGAUAUGAAUUUCCUCGCUACCCAAUAUCACCAAAAGUUUAGACUUACUAUGGACGAAACUUUCCUCAUGAAACAGUAUACCAACGUGCUGCCAAUUACUUCUGUGAUUGUUUACUUGUUCAUUGUUUUUGUUUUACCCAAGUUGUUGCCAGUUCCAGCUAAGGACGCAAAGAGACCAAUCUUGAAGAUGGUCAUGUUCUUGUGGAAUAUGUUCUUGAGUGUUUUCAGUUUAGCCAUGUUGUUGGGUGCUGCUAUUCCUUGGUUCAGUUAUUUGAAGAAUGAGUACGAAUGGGAUUUACCAGCUUUGAUUUGUGAAGAAAAGCACGUGCUUGGUCCUGAACAAGGCCUUCCACACAUUGUUUGGGCUUACAUUUUCGCUCUCUCCAAGUAUUUGGAACUCAUUGACACUGUCUUGUUGGUUAUCAAGCAUCCAGAUCGUAAGGUCCCAUUCUUGCACUGGUUCCACCAUUUGACUGUUUUACUCUUCACCUGGUAUGCUGUCUACACUCAAUAUGCUGUCGGAUAUUGCUUUAUUAUUAUGAAUGCUUUGAUUCACACUUUCAUGUACUACUAUUAUGCAUUGACCGAGUUGGGCUAUAGACCAAGCUGGAACUUUUUGUUGACUGUUGGUCAAAUUUCUCAAAUGAUUUUCGGUAUUGUUUUCAACUCGAUCUUUGCUUACAAGUUCUUCAAGAAUAAGGAAGCUGGCGUGCCUCUUGAGAAGAAUUGUCGUUGUGAGGCUCCAUAUGAAAUUAUGUUGAGCUGUGUUGCCAUGUAUGGUGCUUAUUUGUAUUUGUUUGUUGACUUCUUUGUUAGAAAAUACUUUGGUUCUGCACCAGCAGCCACUUCUGGAAAGAAGAAGCACGAGUAA